UAUAUGUAUAUGGAAGUAGUCAAAGUCGCUUUAGCUAUCUUAUUGUAUACGGGUUUGAAUGGGAACAGGAAGGAAUUACUUCAUAUUCCAUUCAGACACACAGCCAGAGAGAGAGAGAGAGUAUACGAAAGGAAAGGCGGUGGGUUCUUUGAAUUAUUUGAGCUACCAUAGCUCCUUUGGUUUCUUUCAGUUUCCUUGUCCGUUUCAUUGAGCUGAGCUGCGCCUGACCAACGUAACUCAUCAUAUCGUAUCAGACUUGAGUUAGUGUGUUGAUCUUGAAGGAGAUCCAUAAGGGUCUGCUAUCGGCAAAGGUGGAUCCAAGAAAGCAUGGGAAUAAGCGGCCACUUCCACCGGCGGCGGCGGCGGCGGAUGACGAUGAAAGGACGGGAGGAGGAGGAGGAGGAGGCGGCGAUCCUUAUCAUCAGUUAUUUGGAACCCACGUGUCGUCGUCAUCAUCAUCUCUAUUAUCUUCUUCGUCUCCGACCUACAGCGGGUGGUCAGAAGAGGACACGUCAGCCAUGGUCUCCGCUCUCUCUCAAGUCAUCGCCACCGGCGAUUCAGCUACUGCUGCACCGCAACCGCGAUCAUCCUAUAACUACUACUCUUCUCAGGUUGACCGGACUACCAACAACACCCCAGCCACUAGAGCACUUGGACAUUCUUCUUCUUCUUCAACCCCUACCCAGCAGCAGAACCAAACCCAACCUGCAGAUCCUGCAGGGGAAUACAAGGAGAAGACACUACAGAGGCGUGAGACAAAGGCCAUGGGGGAAAUGGGCGGCCGAAAUACGCGACCCGAAGAAGGCGGCCAGGGUCUGGCUGGGCACGUUCGACACCGCCGAGGACGCAGCCGCUGCGUACGACAAGGCCGCUCUCAAGUUCAAAGGCAGCAAGGCCAAGCUCAACUUCCCAGAACGAGUUCAACCCCACUCUUUCUCGACAGCCGCCGCCUCGGGCUCCAGCCGCACCGUCGUCUCAUCAGCUGCUGCACCGCCGCCGCCGCCGCCGCCAUCACCACAUGACGCUUACCCUCACCUGCUUCAGUACGCCAACAUUCUUUCGAGCGACCGUGAGUCCGAUUUUCAGUACCACGCCUCGAAUCUCCUCAUGGGUCAACCUCAGGCUGAUCCCUUUGCUCAUCCUCCCCAGUCGUCGUCUUCGGCGUUUUCAUCGGUUUAUAAUGUCCAGGAUGGUGAUCAGCGGCUUGAUCGUAGUCAGCAGCAGGAGCAGCAUGAUCAUGAUCAUGAUUAUGAUAUGAUGAGGUUGUAUCGCUCGUCUUCAGAUCAUUAUCAUCAUCAUCAGCAAGGUCAUGAUGAUCAUGACGAUUCCACCACGUCAGACCAGUAGCUCGCUCGUUCAGUAAUCAGUACGCAUGCAUAUAUAUGUAAAUGCAUGCGUGCAUGGCGGUAGAUCCUUGGUAAUGAAGGAGGAUUUCUGAAUUUUAAAGCCUCCUCAUGCUGGAAUUUUUGUAUCAAUGUGCUAUUAUUAUUAU